UCAAAUCUCAAGCUUUUAACAUAUCAUAUCAUAAUGCAAGCUGUUCUUAGCAUUGUUGUUCCUCCCCUUCUCCCCUCCUUAACACCUUCCAACAACCUCUCUCAUUUUCCCUCUUCUCCCUCGAUCCGCUCUCUCUCUUCCUCGCGUCGGUCGACAAUCAAAGCAGUUACCGCCGUCGCUUACGAUACUUCGGUGGUUGAUUAUAGUUCUGUAAUCUCGGUGUUUCCUGCAGAAGCAUGUGAGACCAUUGGUGGAGAAGCUUGUUGGGCCAACAUUUUCCCAGAAGUGAGGCUUCAGGCUUCUGCAGAUAGCGCUGAAGCAGCCGCAGUUGCCUUGGAAGAGAUUGAUAGAGAGUAUCUUGAUUAUGCUGCCCAGUCUAAGACAGUUUUCCCGGGGGAGGCUUGCGAUGAUCUUGGUGGAGAAUUUUGUGGAGCCGAGUUUCUAAAUGGCGUUUUCUAAAUCCCCCGGCUAUGCUUCUUUUAUUUAGUGUAUUGUAUAGUUUUAUUCACAUAUACAAGCCUUUUAGCUAGGCCAUAUCACAAAUUGUAUAACCCAUGUUUUAGAAUUCUCGACCCUUAAGUAUUUACUCUAAUCCGAUUCUAGUACAUUGGGUUAAGUCAUAUCACAGGUUUUCCGACCCACGUUUUAGCACUCUCGAUACUUUAACAUUUAUCCCUUUUAUUUUCUAUAUUCAACUAUUCUCGUGGGA